UAGAGCAAGAAUGAGGCGAAGCUCAAUAUUUCGUAGUGCACAAAGCACGACUCCCCGAGCCUUGGUCACUCGACUAGGCUGGCUCACUGAUGUUGCGAAAUUUCCAUGUCCAGCCUGAGGAUGAUCGAAAUUGCCAAUCCUGGGUCUCGUUAAGCACUGAUAUGACACCGUUGAAGCAGGUGGCCAGGGUCUCCUGGAGCGUCAGGGUCCUGAAUGUGCCAGCUCCUCGCUGGAAAAUUGGCCUAGGACUAACCGAAAUAACGUCGCGCCAAGCGGAUACGAUGCCACAAGCCAGUCCCACAGUCCGUCAGUACCAAAGUAGGUUUUGGAGCGGGCGCGUUAGAGAAAAAAAUUUGUGCCGUCCAUCUAGACAAGGGGCCGAGAUAUUGUUGAAUGGCUCGGGUUCGUCAAUGGUUCAUCGGCAAAGGAUCCCCAGGUUGUUGGUUUCGAGGCGUAAACCAACGUUGAUGAUAACUGGAUACGAGAUAAGAACGAGUGAAGGACAGACCAACACGAGCACACGCGUGGAAUAUUGUUGUUUUGAUAUAGCUUGCGGGAAAAUAAAAAUGAUUGGACGAGGAAACAAUGGUAAAUUUUUUUUUUUGGAAAGAUGGUCCCCGUUGAUAUCGAUGUUUUCUCAAAUUGUUUGCUUCGUUCUGUCAACCCCCCGGUUGAAUGCUUGGAAGUAGUAUCGCAAUCUUUCUUGGCUCGUGGUGCAAGUGCUUGAGUUGUCUCGGGAUGAUUAAUGAUUGGACUUCAAUUUGCGACUGGCACUAAUAGAGCCCACACAAGCUA